AAACAACCAUUUUGGUCGCUGCCUGCUGCCUGGCUGCUGAGCUGAUCUGGCGUUCGUCUGCUCUCAGGUACUUUGGGACUNUNGGACUGUGUUCUUUGCACCCGCCCUGCCCCCGUGAGCAGGUAGGAAACCGCUGAGACUGUUGUAGUACAGUUCAAGCCCGGGACAUGGCAGAAUCGCCCUCUAAAGUGCAGCAGAAUUAUGACUGGCAGUGUGAGGAUGCCCUCAACACCCACAUCCAGCUGUGCCUCUAUUCCUCCUACAUGUACAAGUCGAUGGCCUUCUAUUUUGACCGUGAUGAUGUGGCCCAGGAGAACUUCAAGCGGUUCUUAUUGACCAAGUCACACAACUGCCUGACCAGCACAAGGAUGUUCAUGUACCUGCAGGAUAACCGUGGAGGCUACAUCUCCCUUCAGGACAUCGAGAGACCAGAAAGCGACAGCUGGCAUAGCUGCUUUCAAGCCAUGGAAUGUGCCAUCCAGAUGGAGAUGAUGAUCAACCAGAGCCUGCUGAACAUGCACGAAUUGGCCAAGGAGAACGGCGACCACUUCCUCUGCCAUUUCCUGGAGCAAAACUGCCUGCAUCAGCAGAUCGACCUUCUGCAGGAGAUGAGCAGCUACCUGAGCAACCUGCGCCAGAUGGGGGCCAAAGUGCACAACCUGGCUGAGUACCUCUUUGACAAGCUCAGCCUGUCCUAAAGCUUCAAGUGGACUGAACUGGAAUGUCCCCACUGCCAUGGGGUCUUUCUCUGGUCAUGACACCUGAUGUUCAUGUUGGUUUUGAGGCAAAGUUCCCUCAAUUUUUUUUGUUGCAUCUCUUGGACUGUUGUUUUAAAUAAAGUUUGUUUGUUUGCAGCAAAAUUGAA